AUGUCUCUCUCAUCAGCAUCACUUCGUUUAAACGAAAAUAAAAAGCUAAAAAAGUCUGUACAAUUUAUAUUUUAUCAUGAAUUUAAUUUAAGUAACAAAUUAUUAAAUAAUUUUCAGUUGAUAUUUCGAAUUAAGAUAAUUCAACAAAAUCGUUCACCUGUCUACAUUAACAAUCAACAAUCAUCAUCGUCAAUCACUGCUCAACAAAAACAAUCUUUGUCACCGUCAUCAAAUUAUAAUCAAUUACAUAAUACGUCACCAAUUAAAUCUCUAACAAAUGGGGACACGAUAACAUCGUUAUUGAAUAUACCGACAUCCACAACGUCGUCGUCAAGUAUAGUAGUAACAAAUAAUUCAAUAUGUCAAUUAGAUAACGAUCUACUAACGAAAAAAAAUAAUUUAGCUGUAUCACAAGAACAAACACGCCAACAGUUUAUUCAACCAUUCAACUAUCAUUGUCAUUAUUAUCAACAGCAGCAACAUCCUUUUCCUUUCCAACAACAUCAUCGAUAUCAUUGUGAAACGAAUAUGAUUGCAAAUCACGAUAAUAAUAAUUCAAAUGAACAACAACACAUCAUAAAUAAAAGUCCCGUAUCAACAAAUCUUUCACCGCAGCAAUCAUCCACUAGCGAUCUUGAUGAUACUACGUCAUCGAAAAUAAAUAUGAAUUUUAAUAAAAUAAUAAAAAAGAAAAAAACACCAAAGAAAAAACGAAAAGAUCCCAAUGAACCACAAAAGCCCGUUUCACCGUAUGCAUUAUUUUUUCGUGACACUCAAAAUGGAAUUAAAAAAAAAUUAGCAAGUCCUUCAUUUGGGGAAAUAUCCAAAGUGGUUGCACAUAUGUGGGAGAAUAUUGAGCCAGAAGUCAAAGAGCAAUAUAAACGAAAAGCAGCAGCAGCUAAAAAAGAAUAUUUGAAAAAAUUGGCCGCCUAUCGUGCUGUUCAAGUUUCUCAUCAGUCGCCCUCUAUGCAUCUUCUUGGACCAAAUACGAAUAUUUAUGAUACAAAUCAAUCUCCAUCUGUUCAACAUUUUUCUCAACCAUCUCGAAAUGAAAAUAAUCUUCUUCAUCAACAUCAUCGUGUCGCUGAUCAACAACGAUUUAGUUAUCAUCAUCCACAUCCCUCUCAUAUGCAGCAAACCGCUUCAUUUUGCAAUCCAACUUCUGUCUAUAAUCAUGGUGGAACUUCGUCACUUGUUCAAAAACAACAACAUCCCUAUCAACAUUAUCACGAUUAUUUAGGAAGUAGCUCAACAUCAGGAACGUAUCUUAAUGAAUCUAUGCCACAAAAUAAUAAUAACAAUUAUUCAUAUUCGAAUGGAGAAAGUCAGAUGUAUCAACCACAUCAGUUUGAAGCAACAUUCCAAUGUGAUAUGACCUAUGACCAACAACAACAUUUUGGUCUUUUAAGACCAGUUGAUUGUGGUGAAUCAUUUUAUUGUACUGAAGAAUCUCAAAAUCAAACUCAACAACAACAACAACAAACACUUUCUAAUUGUGGUGAAACAUCCAAUCAUAAUUUAUUACAUAAUUUAACCACUUUGACUCCUGUUGCUAUUAAUCAAGCACGCUACACAGAUUUGAAUACGUCAUCAACAUCAAUAAAAUGUUCUCCAUCGAUGCAAAGUUGUACCGGCGAUAAACAAAACUUUAUAAGUAAUUAUCAAAAUAGCCUCAUGAAAUGUGAAGAUUUUAAUCAAACAAAUGUUGAUUCGAUUACUGGAAAUUAUUAUCCUCUUUAUAAUACAGAUCAAGGAGGAACCAAAUCCGAGAUAGAUAUUGACAAACUUUAUAACGGACAAAAAGGAGGUUCAAUACGCUCAUCGAAUGACUAUCACGGAUGGAAUAACUCUUGUUUAACUCUAAACACUCCGUGGUAG